AUGGUGAGUCAGUGUACACAUGUAAUCUUAGACAAUGCUGAUGUUCUGAGCCAGUAUCAACUGAAGUCUAUCCAAAAGAACCAUAUUUAUAUUGCAAACCCAGAUUUUAUAUGGGAAUCUAUCAAAGAAAGGAGACUGGUGGACAUAAAGAAUUACGAUCCCUGUAAGUCACUGGACGUCACACCAACUCCUGAUCAAAAGGCAGGCAGCUCUGAAGUGAAAACUGAUGAUCCAUCCCUGGACAAUUCCACAGAGAAGGAAAAUACUGUUGAACUCACUAAGUUUUAUACAGAGAAUGUUGGAAUUCCUCAUUUUCCUCAAGAUUUUGAAGUUGCAAAAUAUAACACCUUGGAAAAAGUAGGGACAGAGGGAGGUAAGGAGACAGCCAUGGUGGAGCUGAGGUGCCCCCAGAGCCCCGAGGACCCCGGGGACCACAGCUUUCUGAUAUCCGCACACUUCCUCCUGGCCGACGGCAUCGAGACCAGGAGGCAGUUCUCUGUAAAGAAAACCUCUACAGAUGCGAAUGAAUACUAUGAAAAUUACAUUGAAGAGCUGAAGAAACAAGGAUUUCCACUAAGAGAACAUCUGGCACCGGAAGCAACCCAGCUAGCAUGUGAAAAACUGCAAGCACUCCUUUCAGAGGAGGCCGUAAAUUCAAGCGUUCUGAGCCCAGAGGUGAGUGGUUUGGUGGAGAUGCUCUGGGUGGAAGCUCUCGGCCGCCCGGGGCACACAGUGCUCAGACCGGUGCACAGGACGAGCCUUAAUGACGUGAGCAAGGCAGAGGGAAUUCUCCUCCUAGUAAAGGAAGCGCUGAGAAAUGGAGAAACAGGAACAAGUGCAGACGAUGAUGGCUGAGUUCUACAGCUAAUAAGAGACAUGGUUAACCUCUGUGAAACUAAUUUGUCCAAACCCAACCCACCAUCUCUUGCCAAAUACCGAGCUCUGAGAUGCAAAAUUGAGCAUGUUGAACCGAACACUGAAGAAUUUUUCAGAGUUAGAGGUGUUGCAGAAUAAUCACAGUAAAAGUCCAGUGGACAUCUUGCAGAUAUUUAGAGUUGGCAGACUGAGUGAAACCACGGAGUUUUUGA